AUGUUCAUUCCAAACGUUCCUGUCAUAGCAACUCAUUUAGGUAAAUGGGUUCGCAUUAGUCCUCAUAAUUUGAAAGACAUGCAAUUCAGACUUGUUGACUUUCAAGGAGAGCCUGUAGAACUGAAGGCACCAGUGCGAAUGACUGUUGAAGUUGACUUUUUAGAAAAUAUUAAAUGCAACAGCUUACAAGAGAACUCAGAGCUAAAAAUAUAA